AUGGCAUGCCUCGCAUACGGAAAUAGCAUUGAUGGUCCUGGUGUUACGACAGAGAACCAAAUUAAGACAAAUCCAGCGACGCAAUCGACGUACAACAACUAUGUCCUUAAAGUAGGCAACAUCAGAUGGAACGACGGAGAAACCCUCCAUGUGGGGUUCCGGGGAGGGACCCCCUGGCAGAGACAGACAGUUGCAUCGAUCGCGGUGCAAUGGACGUAUCACGCCAACAUAUCGUUCCGAUUCGACACAGACGGUAAAGGUCAAGAACGAUACGAUAUUUUGGUCAGCUUCGAUACAACCAAUAAAGCCUCGUGGUCAAAGAUCGGAAAUACAUCUCGAGAUUCUGCCGCAGCCGGGUCGCCUUCUAUGAACCUGGGGGACCUCAAUCAGUUCAACAAUGAUGCGUACAAUCAACGUACCAUCUUGCAUGAAUUCGGUCAUGCCCUUGGUCGCAAACAUAUGCACCAGAGUCCAUGGCGCGAAGAGCAUCCCAGUGUCGCUUUCGAUCGCGAAAAGGUCUAUGCUCAUUACUAUCAGAACCAAGGCUGGGAUCGAAACAAGGUAGAUUUGAAUAUCCUUGCCGAGGCCGACCUGGACUGGACACAGAUCACAGAGCGUAUGCGCAUGAGAAUGAUGGACCUAGUCAUGCCGAAGUUCGACAUGCAAUCUAUCAUGAUGUAUCCCUUCGACGCGAGCCUGAUGUUAGGUGGACAGGGGGGCACGCAAAGAAACUUUGAGCUGUCAGCCUGGGACAAAUAUGCUAUCUCGAAAGCAUACCCGUACCACCCCUAG